AUGGUCCUGCUGGUGUGUUUUGGUUCAGGAAUAGGGGUAUUCACUUGCUUUUCCACCUUGCUGGAGCAGAUACUUUGUGUUAAGGGCUACUCAAAUGACUUUGCAGGACUGUGUGGUGCAGUUGCUAUUGUAUUCGGUGUUCUGGGUGCUUUUCUCCUCGGCCUGUACGUGGAUAAGACCAAGAAGUUUAAAGAAGUCACUAAGAUAAACAUGUGUCUGACAUCCCUGGGCUGCUCUGUUUUUGCUGUGGUUUCCCAGUUAAGCGAGCAGAAGGUCAUCAUUGGUGCAGUACGUGCGUGGUUUGGAUUUUUUGGGUACUCUGUAUAUCCCAUCGCAAUGGAGCUCGGAGUUGAAUGCUCAUAUCCUGUGGGUGAAGCAACAUCCUCUGGAUUGAUCUUCGUGUCUAGACAAAUUCAGGCCGCCCUUUAUCUGCUCCUGCUACAAGCUCUGGCCAAACCAAUGGCAGAUUCUCCAUUAUCUGUAUGUGCUACUGGAGCAGAUGCCAAUUUGAGCUGGACAGUGCCAGUGCUGGUGUUGGCAGGCCUGUGUACUCUGGGCACCUGCUGCUUUGUUGGCUUUUUCCACACGGAUUACCGGAGACUCCGUGCGGAAGCCACAGCCUCACCAAAUACGGUGACAGAGCAGUCAACAGGAGACACCUGGGCAAACAGCACUGAUGCAUAAAGGGACGGACUGAUCUAACAGCAAGAGAAACCACUGAUGACAGUGUUUACGUACACUUUAAGAAGUCUUUUACCUCAUUAACAUUGGAAAUACGUGCCUUAAAUGCUCAGAAGUGGUACCAGCUUAACCGCAAUUAAUGUUACAUAAAGCCAAACCAAGACCAAAUGUUUCAUGCAAUAUUAAUAUCAAAUUUUAAAUGUUUUUAUUGCAAUACAGGGUAC